AUGACCUCAUCAGUCCUGGGGAUGAUCAAGGAGGAGUUGACCUGUCCUAUCUGCCUGGAGCUUCUGAAAGAACCUGUGAGUGCCGGUUGUGACCACAGCUUCUGCCGAGCCUGCAUUACUCUGAACUACGAGUCCAGCAAAGGCGAAGAAGGGGAAGGCAUCUGCCCUGUGUGCCGAGUUCGUUAUGUGUUUGAAAAUCUGAGGCCUAAUCGGCAUGUUACCAACAUAGUGGAGAGGCUCAAGGAGUUCAAGUCCAGCCCAGAAGAGAAGCAGAAGGAGAAUGUCUGUGCAAAGCAUGGAGAGAAACUUCAGCUCUUCUGUGAGAAGGACAUGGUGGCCAUCUGCUGGCUUUGUGAGAGAUCUCAGGAGCACCGUGGUCACCAAACAGCUCUCAUUGAAGAGGUGGCCAACGAGUACGAGGGGAAGGUCCUGGUGGCUCUGCAAAAACUGAUGUCAGACAGGAAAGAAUUAGAGAACUGGAAAGAUGACCUUCAAAAGGAGAGAACUACCUGGGAGAACCAAAUACAGAGUGAGGUAGAAAACGUUCAGAAGGAGUUUAAAGGACUGCGGGAAUUCCUGGACUCCGAAGAGAAGAAUGAGGUGGAGAAGCUGAUGAAAGAGAAGGAAGACAUUUUAGACAUCCUGGAAGGUUCUCAUACUGAGCUAGAGAAGCAGUGGGAGUCAGUGAGAGACCUCAUCUCAGAUCUGGAGCAUCAGUUUGUGUGCUCAACCAUAGAGAUGCUGCAGGGUGUGAAUUGUGUUUUAACAAGGAGUCAGAAUUUAAGACUGAAAGAGCCCCAAAUGAUCCCGAGAAAAGAGAGAAAGAUUUUCCGAGCUCCGGAUCUGAAGAGCAUGCUGAAAGUGUUUCAAGGGCUUCGGGAAGCCCAGCGCCACUGGGUUCACGUGACCCUGCGUCAACUCAACAUUAAAAACAUUGUCAUUAACGUGGACAAAAGACAAAUACAACAUAGAAGUGGUUAUAGAAAAAAUUUGCAAGUUUCUGAGUCCUAUGAUUUAGGCGUCCUGGGGUUUCCAGCUCUGCGCUCAGGGAAAUAUUACUGGGAAGUAGACGUGUCUAGAUGUGAUGCCUGGCUCCUGGGAAUAAAUGAUGGAAUAUGUGCUAAACCCCAGCUUCCUUCAAUGAAUCAACAGGGCAUCAAAGCCAAAUAUAAGUCUUAUGUUAACCAACAUGUAAAUUAUCAGCCCAAAUAUGGCUACUGGGUUAUAGGGAUGAUGGACAGGUCUGUAUAUAAUGCCUUUGAUGAGUGCUCUGUCACCCACAAUGCCAGUGUCUUGCUCCUCUCUCUGACUCAUCCUCCCACUCGUGUUGGAGUUUUCCUGGACCGAGAAGCUUGCACUCUCUCAUUUUAUGAUGUUUCCAAUCAUGGAGCUCUCAUCUAUAGAUUCUGUGAAUCCUCCUUUCCUAAUGCGGUUUAUCCAUAUUUUAAUCCUAUGGAAUGUUCAGAGCCAAUGAUCCUCUGUGGGCCACCUUCCUAAGCCCUCCCCCAUAUCUGCACAGUGUCUCAAGUUUGAUAUAUCUCAUACGUAUAAGCUCUGUGGGAUCAUUUUAACUUUUUUUUCUGUCUUUGCUUGCAGGGA